UUGUUUUUGCUGGUGAACAUGGAGAGAUACACCUUGCCUCUUAACUCAACCUCUGUUCCUGCACAACUCCCCUACAACGCCACAGUUUAUAUGAACGGCUCUUUCAAACCUUUCAGUGUGUUUGAUGGCUGUGACAUGUACAUCGAGGCAAUUCUUUUUGACCUUACCUUUCAGAUUAUCAACGUAGUCGUGGGAAUACCUGCCAACCUCCUUGUUAUUGCGAUUCUCAUCCACAAUCACAAAGAACCGUCCACUUCAGACCUGUUCCUGGGCUGCUUGGCCUUCAUGGAUGCCUACUUUGGCAGCAUGACGCCCCUCAGCUUCUUAAAUCUUUACCUCUGGCAAAGCAAAGAGGUGUGGUUAGCGAUUAAGUUUUCCUUUGGAGUGAAAGACACCAGCGGCCCGUUGUUUCUCUCUUGUAUCUGCUUGGAUCGAUUUGUGGCGGUGCUCUUUCCAAUCACGUUUGGGCAGCUGAAGUCCAUCAAGUACAGGUUAAGCCUCACCCUGCUGGUACUCUGUCUCACCUUUGCCUACUCUGCUGCCAAGAUGGUGGGCGGUCUCCCCAACUUCGAGAAGGUGUUCACUGGUGAGGUCCUUGCAGCUUUCGCCUGGAUGGUGCUGUGCAACGCAAGCAUCUUAUGGGUCCUAAAGAAAUCCCGUGGCGUUGGGAAAGACGAAAUGCAUCCCAUGAAGAAGAAGGCAUUCAAGAUGGUGCUCUCCAUCCUCUGUAUCAUUGUGUUCAACUAUCUGCCUCUCGUCGCACUGUUCCCAUUCGAAGACCAUUACUCCCCUGAUGUGUUUCGUUGCUAUGUGCAGCCCGCCGGCUUCGCUUUUCUCAACAUCAGCAGCACUAUCCAGCCACUUGUCUACCUGUCCCGUCUGGAGAAGGUUCCUUUCCUCCCAGAAACUUUUAUUAAGAAAUUUUCUUCCUGCAUCAGCAGAAAGAAAAGUAAAGAAGUCUCCGAACCAAAACCAUCUGCUUAAAUUUAUAUGAAAACAGAACAGCAUGUCAUGAAAGAGACUGGAGAAGAUUCCUUAAUAGGUUUAGAUAGAAAUGCAAUGAUAACCAUGUUUACCAUUUUAACUAGAAAGGGUAGCAACUUCAUAAUGAUAUUAAAUGUAUUGUCAUGUGAUGACGUUCAAUGAGAAGUCAACUGUUUGG